AUGCAUGUAAGAAAUUAUGUAUUGGAAAUCGAACAAAUCUAUGAUGAACUUAUCUCGAAUAUUACUACUCAACAAAAUUCAUUGGAAGAUUUGGCUUUUUGGGCAAAAACUUAUGGUAUUGACGAGGAUGAAAAUGUUUUAGUUCCUUUGCCGAAUGUCGAAUUACAAACAACAACCAACAAUAUCAAUAAUGAACUUUGGAUUGCAAUCGCACCUAUCACGACCAAAGGUAGUCCUGUGGAUGAUGGUGACGAAGAGCAAGAAUCCCAAGAUAAAGAAUAA